AUGGAAUCUUCUGCAAAGGCGGAGGGCGAUGGCCAGCGCGCCGAAGAUGGCGAGCGCGGAAUCGUGGCUAACCUAAGUCCUGCUGAUCUCGAACGGCUUUCUGCGUAUUACGGUCCCGAGGUGUAUUCCAUGGUUGAGGAUGAAAGGCACCAGGAAAUCAUUGAGCGGAACUCCGCGAUUCGGGUGGAUGUGACCGGGCUCUCGUUACCUGGAGGUGAUAUCGAUGUCUGUGUCGAAGGGAAGGGUGACGACAUUGUAACGCUAAAAUUUCUCGUGUACACGUUGAGCAAAUUGGAUCUGCUUCAUUCGUUUGAGUGCGUAUUCAACACCCCAGUUCCGGUGGUUAAGGCUAUCGACAAGAACACAGAAGAAGGUAGGUCGACGGUACGUAUAGACAACCACAAAAACAUACAGUGCAAACAAUACAAGUACAUGCAACCGCUUAUACUUCUACUCAAGUUUUUUUUACAGCUGAGGAACCUUAAUGACACCUACAUUGGAGGGAUCGGUUCAUACUUGCUUUAUUGUAUGGUUCUUAGUUUCCUCCAGAUGCACGAUGCAACCUGCCGCAAAAGCAGUGACGAGGAAAACACACUAGCGACCAUGUUCGUCGAUUUCUUUUACUAUUGGGGAUUCGUGAGGGACUACAGCCAGUUUGUAACGACGGUUCGCGGGCUUGGUCAUGUUUACCCGAGGACGCUUAUGCAAUCCAAGGAUACAUCUAUGCUGUCAUGUGAGAGCCCUCUCGACCCAUCGAUUGACAUAGGAAAGAACGCUUUUAACAUGUCUUGUGCUUGUACAGCUUUUAAGCAGGCAUUUUUCAUCCUUAGGGACAAGGAAACUGUAACUGAUUCACGGCAACGUGACGACUACAAGUUCGAGGCAGGCGGUGACUGCAUUCUCGAGAGUUUGUACGACCCGUCGCAUCCUAUUUUCCAGCACAGGGCGAAGAGUAGAUUAACUUACCCUAUUUCUAAGGGGUACCAGUAUCAGAAGUUCUCUAAUUUUGAUGACUCUUUGCGGCGGGUAUGCAGCCAGCUACGAGAGAUUGUGCGUGAUACGGACGAGGGCAGCGUCUUCAACGCCCAGAAAAAGCUCAUGGGCUCAAUAUCGCAGAAGGAUGACGCUGCACCUAACGACGGGACGUCCAGCGAAGUUCCGUUCUACGUGAUCUCUGAAGCUAUUACCAACGAGUUCUACAGCAAUGACUAA